GAUAUGGUACUUCACUUCUGGAGCAGCCUUCAGGAAGCGUUCUUGCCAUUACUCAUAGCACCACUGUGUGUGACAUUAUCUCUGUGUGGGACGACUAUCUCUACGCGGCGAUGCAGGAGAUUCUGACUCCCAGAGAGAUCCAGGAACUACCGCAAAGUUUUCAACAGGAACUCAGCCUUUUUACAAGCCAGCUUCCCGACUGGCUCCGCAGUGUUAUUCCAGCUUCGCUAUUGCGGCAAACAAAGAUUCAAGUGCUUCAGGAAUGGACCAAGGUUUUCAGGCGGGAGAUGUCGUUUACAAAGCUGGCGCAGUCAUGCCGAAGCGUGCUAUCGAACGCCUGCUACACCCAGCGCAUGUUGGAAGAUUUGAGCAAGCUUGUCAUGGAUGAAACCGUCGAAGAAGCCUUCGCCUGUCUUCAAAACGGCAGAACGGCGUCAGCCCUAGGAGUUGCUGAGUUGCUCUCGCUCUUGAAGAAGCACGCCUCAGUUGAAGACCUGACGGAAUGGAUGGACAUGGCUCUCGACAAUGUCGUUACGGAAACAGGACACAGUGGCACCAUACAUAGUCGAAGCAAUGUAUACAGAGAUUUCAUGCUCUCCUGGAUGCUGCUUUUCUCAGCCAUCAUGAGGCAUUUGACCCUGUCCAGGGCUCAGAGCUUCGGCCAUGUCCACAUGUUACGCGUCAUGAUAGAGGAGUACAUGCUACUCGCGUUCGAGACGUCCGUUAGUAAAGAAGCCAGACUGCAAAGGCAAGAGAAGCUGCUAACAUGCACCAAAGAUCCAGAUGCUGUACGCACAAGAAUGGCAACUUCAUACGCAGCUCUGAGUCUUCAACGCACAUGCUGAAUUCGUACCCAGCAAGUUCUUGUCAGCAGUGUUGCUGGUACAAA